AUGUCGACUCCACGAACUAAGCGCCAGUUCGCAGGUGCUUCCGCAGACCCAGCCCAGCGCCAAAUCACAUCCUUUUUCGGUACAAGAGCCCACGGUGACGCCGUCAUCGAGUCGCAACUAGAGGCCCGCCAGCCUCUUCUGCCGAGCCAUAUUCAAUCCAAUCUCCUCAGUGUUGGCAUGCGAGUGCGCAAGUCUGUCCCCGAGGGAUACAAGACCAGCGGCACAAGCGCUUUCAAACUGUGGACAGAUAAUACACCCAUGCCUGCGCGUCGACCUGCCUUGCAAGCCACAGUCCGAGCAUCAUCCAGAGAACUCCUCCCCUUCUGUGGUAUCAAUAAAGUCGGUGGUCUCGAUUCACAGCCGGCUUUCCCCAUUGACGACGACUACGAUUCUGUUCCUGAGCUAGACGACGUCCCUGAGUUGACCAUGUCCCAAGAGAGUGUGGAAAGCAACGUCUCCGAAUCAUCACGGAAGCGAGUUUACAGCGACGAAGAACUGGCUGAUCGGCCAACCAUGCUGGCACAACCAUCUAGGGGCUGGGACGAACAGGUCAGCCCACGGAGCUUUGCGCCAUCCCAAUGGGGUAAUUCGAGGGUCAUGGCCGUUCCAAAGACCCGCGUGAGAGGGAGUUUGUCCUUUAAGGAUGUGGUUGAUCAGGAGAACAUGGCUGUCGAUAGCGACUUUGAAGAGGCUGAUUUUCUGGUCUUUGGCGAAGGCCGAGACAUGGAUUUGUCUUAG